UAUAGACUAACAGACCAUAUUUUCACCAUAAGAAGAGUCAUUGUUUCACAUACAUCCAUGUUGCUGGAUUGCAGAACCAACAACAUUUGCAGUAUUUCUGAUUCUACCCUCCACCCACAUUUAAGAGGGAGGUCUCUUUACAUUAUGGGUGGUUAUGGACUUCCAAGGAGGGACAUUUCUUUAGAAAACAUUCAACUCUCAAGAGUUCCUAUCUUUGUCAGCUUUACUACAGAACAGCACACAGACUGUCGUCAGGGAGGAUUUUAAAGGACAGACAACUCUCAGCUUCAUCAGUGUAUUAUACCACAAAAACCUCAGAGAAGUAUGGAAAAAGACAGAAGGUUGAUGAUAUACUGUCUGCUUUUGGCAGCUAUAUGCAUCCCUGUGUUUACUGGAGAAUGGAAAGCCAAUGUUGUAAAAGAGCUCAAGGCACUGGUCACAUCCUGUGUUGUUGUUCCCUGUUCAUUCACCCAUCCUGGACCAAACCUGCCUACCUCCAAGCUCAGGGGGAUCUGGCAUCAGUCCAAUAAUCGAGGCGAUCUCAUUUACGACGAGGAUGAAACAAGUAUCUCGGAAAACUUCAGGGGACGGACAAAGUUGUUGGGACAUCUGGGUCAGAAAAACUGCACCUUAGAAAUGUCUAAGAUCAAGGAUCACGACAACGGCCCUUUUUGUUUCCGAAUCGAAUUAGCACAAAGGACUGUUACAUCCGAUCCUGAAAAGUUCUCCUUUCUGGAGGACUGUGUUGAGUUCAAAAUGCUCCCUGAUCCCCCGAAACCUAAACUACAUCACCUAAAGACGGCCUAUCAAGGACGUCCCUACACUGUCACCUGUUCCGUCAAACACACCUGCCCUUACGACCCACCUAAACUCACAUGGAGCAGGGCCACUGCAGAUGUGCCGAAUGUUGUCCACAAAGAAACACAUUUGGGCAACUGGGAGGUUGAGUCCAUCCUGACCAUCAUUCCUGAGGAGAAGGACGACCACACUGAUAUCACCUGCACCGCCAACUUCAACGGACCGAAGACGUCCUCUGCAAUGUUGACACUCUAUGUAAAACGUUCAAAAAACUAUAACCACAUCAUCAUUCCCACAGUGGUGGCGAUUGGAACCGCUGUGAUCUUUGCAGUCUUCUGCGUUUUAAUGGUGAAGAGAUACAAGAGACAAAUUGCAGCGCUCCAAAGAGGGGAUGGAAGCGUGUGGAAUCGGCUGUCCAGGAUGUCUCGCAGGAUUCGUUCUGAUGGCCCAGGACCAUCUCGUUCUGAUCAAAGUUUCUGUUCUUCUUUUUUGUGCAGAAGGUCUACGUGGAGCAGAUUUUUGAGAAGGCCUAAAGCAGACAUAGUGGAUAUGAGUCAUAUUCCAAAAAAUCUGAAUUCCAAAUACUGUGAUUACCAGAAAGUCUCCAAACCUCGUUUCCCGUCCCCCAAAAGCCAGCCAAAAUCCUACAAUCACCAAGAGGAGGACUUUGAUGGUGGUGAUGUUUACGAGAACAGUGCGGACCUCAGCACCUAUGGAAACAUCUGAAACAAGCACGGAGAAAAACAAAUCACUCCCAUAGUGAUCAUUCGUAUUAAGAGCAUCUGAUGACCACAGUCAUAUUAUACAUGAUUAUUGUGGCGUCCUCUUCUAUCGGGCAAAAUGUAUAGAAUUCUGUUUGCUAAUUCGAUCAUUAUAAUGGGAUAAAAAUAAAAUGCAUUUUGAAAAAAGUUGUCAAACAAUUGUUUUAGAUAAUUUAAAUACAUAAUGCACUUUCAUUCACUCCAAUAUGCCUGCUGUAUUUAACAUGAGAAGAAAUGGGAAAUUCUAGGAUUUAAAAGGUUGAAACCCAUACAUAGGAAAAAUCAUAACUUAAAAAGAAAAAACAAGUUAAAAACAGGAAAAUGCUUAUGCCUAUAUACUGUAUAUAGAGUUGGUCAAUAUAUAUAACAGUUUGUUCUCCUUUUGGUUUGGAAAUUGUACCCUCCGCCCACUUUUAAGGGGGAGGUUUCUUGAAAUGAUCAGUGGUUAGGGACUUUUAGGGCUAGACUCUUUAUUAACAUUCAACUCUGGAGGUAAGUCCUUCUGAUCUUUAAGAAAUUGUAUAAGAUGCUUUCCUUUGCUGCAUUUUACAAUUUAGAUUAGUAUUAUACCUUAUUCAAGUACUAAGUUUCUAAAUAAUGUAUCAGAAAACCUUGAUAUAUCUUUUCUUUGUAAUCAUUUUUAUGGCUUCUUCAAAAUGUAUUUUCUGGCUGAAAUUAGGAGCGACUUUGAUUUAUGUUUGACAUUAUUUAAGUAGAGGGUACAACUUGUUAAAAUGUCUGUUUACAAUUUACAAUUUUGUCUCAUUAGUACAUUGUGAUUCCUGUGGGGGGAACGUAUUUUUUUUUUUAAACACCAAAAAGCAUUUCAUUAGGGAUCAUUUAGCUUUGGAACCUGGUUUCGAGAAUAUUAUUCUCUGAAGAAGGACUAUCUUGUUGAGCGUUGUAAUACUGCUGCAUGUUAACAAGCUGGCCUACAUUUAGAAAAAUAAAAACCUUUACUGAAUAA